CAUUUUCAGAAAAAUCACCAUGGCCGACUGGUCGCAACUUCCGAAUUCACUCCUCCAUCGAAUAUCCGAAUGCCUUGACAGCUCACUCAGUGGCCUUCGUAUCCGAUCGGUAUGUUCCUGGUGGCGCUCAUCUUGUUGUCCCAUCCCCACCUGCCACCCUUUCCCCUUUGAAUCCCUAAUCGUCAGUUCUAACAACAAUAACAAGAACCCUUUAACCUUCACCGUCUCCAAGUGCACCUUGUUCCUCGUCACCCCACCCCAUCAACCACAAAAACAACAACAACAAACCCUUCAACCCUGGUUGAUCCAAAUCCGCCAAGACCCAGGUGGCCGAACCAAGCUCUGUUACCCUUUCAAUUGCACCCCAAUCGAAUCUUCCACAUCCCAUUUUCCCCAACAGUUGGACCUCUACGAAUUACGCGUAACUGAAUUGGGACACAAGAUCUUCCUCGAGGUUAUGAGUACUUCUGGCUCUCCAAUUUUUGGAAAGGUGGUUUUUGUGCGGCUGGGGUCGACUUUCGUUCUGCUUAUGCUUGUGCUUACGAUUGGAUAUUUUGGGAGACUCACUCUUGGUGAUGAGCGUUUGACUAACUUUGACAUUUGCACACGGUACAGUGAUGUCUGUGUUUUCAAGGGGAGACUUUGCGCUGUUGACGAGACAGGUCGGACCGUGGUGGUCGGGGCGGACUUGAGUGUGGGUUUGGUGGCGGAGCCGGUGUUUGGAGGUGUCAAGAAGUUCUUGGUUCAUUCUGAGGGUGAGUUGUUGUUGGUGGACAAGUACUUUGUGGACGACAAUGUAAUUGAUGAUUAUGAUAGUGAUGGUGCUGAUGAAGCUAAAAUUCCAUUGCCUUAUUUGUUAAGAUGUGUGAGGUUUGAUGUGUAUAGGCUUGAGGAGGAUGAGAAGAAGUGGGUGCAGUUGAGAAGUUUGGGGGACAGGGUUUUGUUGUGCGGGGAUGAUGAUGCGUUUUCUGUUUCUGUGUCUGAUUUGUGUGUUGGCAAAGGGAACUGUGUGAUUUUUGGAGAUUAUCAUAGCUUUGACAUCGAUGACCCGGAAAGUCAGAUGGGUGUUUUUCAGUUGGAUGAAGGUCGGGUUUUACCUUUGUCAGAUUGUCCGGGUUUUUCCAAGUUGUUCUGGCCCCCUCCUGAUUGGGUGAAGUUGCAGAAUUGAUAUAGAGAUUACCCUAGAAACUGUUGAUAAUUGACUUGGUAUCCAUAAGCCUCUAGGUGUGGGCUAGUGGUGGAGAGGAUCUGGUUAGUAUGAGGAGUUGUUGGGCCUAUGUGCCAAGUGCAGGUGUAUUUUUACUAGUUGCUACAUCAUUUGGUCAAAGGAUUCUUAUAAAAUAUUUUAUAUGUAUUAUAUUUUUCUUCUCCUAGUAUGUACAACUCUCAAUGGUAGCACUUUUUAAGCUAUAGCUCAACCUCAAUUUUAUU